UCAAGACCCCUUCUAAGAUGAAAACGCGUGGGAUCCAUCAACUUUGAUAAAGACCUUUCUCUUUCCUAGUAAAGAUCACAAACCUCCAAAGUAUUCAGAAUAGUUACACAAUAUGGCUUUGCAUCUUUCUUUUGACUUGGUCUGCUCCCUCAAAACAGUGCCUCAUCACACAACACAUUGGGUCCAAGUGCUGUAUAUAGGGACAGUGAGAGAUAUGUCAAAAGAGAUUCAGCUGCCAGGUUUCAGAUUCCAUCCAACUGAGGAAGAGCUUCUUGAUUUCUACCUCAAGAACAUAGUUUACGGGAAAAGAUGUAAAGUGGAAGUCAUUGGUUUUCUCAACAUUUAUGGUCAUGAUCCAUGGGACUUACCUCGUUUAUCAACAAUUGGGGAGAGGGAAUGGUAUUUUUUUGUGCCAAGAGAAAGGAAGCAUGGGGACGGAGGGAGACCAAGCAGGAUAACUGAGAAAGGAUAUUGGAAAGCAACUGGGUCUGAUCGUAAGAUCAUAAGCUCGUCUGAGCCAAAACGUAUGAUUGGGCUCAAGAAGACUCUUGUGUUCUACACAGGAAGAGCACCAGGAGGAACCAAGACUGAUUGGGUCAUGAACGAGUUCCGGAUGCCUGAUAACCUCACCUUACCAAAGAGCGUUGUGCUUUGCAAGAUAUAUAGAAAAGCCACUUCACUUAAAGUAUUGGAGCAAAGAGCAGAGAUGGAAGCUAAGAUGAAUCAAACACGCCCAAGCUCUCCUCUCUCGUCUUCGGGGACGAAUUGUUUAGCUGGAAAAGAGGAAGACGUGAUGAUGACCUCGUUCCCUUUUCCUCAAGCAGAAGCCAUGAAACAACCAAACCACAUCUUAAUGUUUCAAGAGCAUAACGAAAAUGCUAAGAACAAAGAGAAACAGAGAGAAGCCGAGAGAAAGCAACCUUCUUCAUCACUGAAACUGCCAUCUGGGGUCUUACCAAUACCCGAGCUGCAGCUACCUAAACAAGGAUUCGAAUUGGGACAAGACCAGUUCUUGAGUAUAAGCCCAUGGCUGCAGAAUCUUACACCUAUAAUCAACCUAUUAUAUUUUUAGUUAUGCAUCGAAGAUAUCUCGUACUAAGAUUUAAUUAUACUUCAGUGUUACCCUCCUUCACCAGCAAAAUACAGAACUUGUCGGAUGUAUGGCUUUUAGCUUAAGAGUUACCAACAGUAGUAAGUGACUCUUCUAUACUCAUGUAGGGAUAUAAAAAUUUACAAAAUAAUCAAAUUAUAUGUAUUUAGUGUGUAUUUUCAUUUGUUGAUCAAUUUAAAAUUAUUUUAUAUUA